UGCCCUUCAUGUGGCCUCAGGUCUCGUUCUUUGGUUACUUUUAAGCUAUAAUACAGAAUGUUUUAUUACAAUCGGCGAGAUCUGACUGCUGUAGCCCUGUUUGGGCAAGACCAGGCCUUCCAAAGCAGAGAGGUACGGCCCCUUGUAGGAACAGAGAAACACACUCCCUCGAUCUGAAUUCUGAGAUAUUCCUUCCACGUAGGACUGAAACUCUCUGAGAUGAGCCAGGCCUGUGUUCUGAGUGAGAGAGCAGGUGACUUAUGCUUUGAAAAUAAGAGGAUUUGUGCUCUGCAAGGGUAAGACCCCAGGGAAAGUUAAAAGCUAGGCUUGUCAGUUGACUGGGACUGAUCACAUGACAGCCAGGCUAAAUGGAUGCUGGUCAGGGAAAGUCGGUCAGAUGAGGGCCAUAGUAUUUGACCAGAAAGGAGGUUAUGGUGUAUAGCCUAGGAAAGCUAGCUCAGACAGGAAAUUUUUUUAAGGGGAAUGUGUUAGCUUCUGGUGUGUGUGUGUGUGUGUCCUUUUUGCUGCCCUUAUCUUUUUCUCACUGACCAUGUAUACUCCAACAUGUGAACAUGCGGGGGGGGGGGGGCAUAGUAGAUAGACACAUGGCUGGUCACCAUGCUUCCCCAUCAUCUAGAAGUUUUGAAUUCUUAAAGAAGGUUUAAAAUAUUUCUUUUCCUUUUUGUUUUAUGCUAAGAGUAAUUAAGCCAUUUUGGUCCAUGUCCCCGGUGAGUUAACACACAGUACGUGAAAUAUGACUAGGAGUAUACAGAACGUUUGCAGCACUGUUCUUAUGUGGUAACAUGAAGGUCAAAGUUAAUUUGUUAAUGUAGGUAAGUAUUUAAAAUAGGUGUCUAAGUAUUUAAAUCGAUCAACUUCUUCAAAGUGUUUAACGUGACUAUUCUUCAUCUCCAAAUUGAAAUACAAAUUAUAGGUAUGUGUUUAGAUAAGUGGUUCCAGGACAUUCUGGAGGGUCCCUGCAAUAUCCUGUGGAGUGUGUGUGUGUGUGUGUGUGUGUGUGUGUGUGUGUGUGUGUGUGUGUAAAAUUAAUCCACAACAAAUUUGGCUUUCGUUUGGCACGGUGAAUCUCCCAAGAAACAUUGUCACAAGCAUGUGUUAAUUCUCUCAGCAACUUGAGUUUAUUAAAAGUGUCAAAAUAAAAUUAGUUAAAAAUCAAUAUACUUUAAAUGAAUUUGCUUUGAGGUCCCAGCCAUACAGGGGUUGCUACACAAGGUUAAAUAAGCUAUUCUUUAAAUAUGUGUUUUUCUCUAAUUAGAAGCCUUCCAUUUAGCAUGUGUCUACUAAAACAUGGAUAAAAUUUAAAGCAAGGAAGACUCAGCAAAGUCUUUGAAAUUUAAACAGGUAGCUCCCACUCAGGGUGUGUCUCAAACUUACUAAAUUGAGUAAGGCUAAAGGCACAAAGAAUAGUAUUGAUAUAUAAGGUUUUCAAAUACCUUUACUUUUCCUUUUUUUAAAAAGAAACUUUAUAUUUUUUCCUUGGCAGGCCAAUCCAUACUCCCAACCUGUCUCUUUCCCUAAUGGGGCAGGGCUCUGGGGAGGCGGGGCUCUAAGACACAUGGCAGCUUGUAAGAUACCUGAUAUCACAGUAUCUAAACUGAGCCCAGCUUAGAAGAAGAAAGUUUUUUUUAACUGUCAUAUGAUUCUAAAGGGCAUCUGGAUGCCUGAGAAUUGAGAGGGGAGGGGAGACAGAGAGAAAGAUAACCUGCAGACCUGCUUUAUGGCUCGCUCCUACAAUGUCCCACCCUGAGGGAGAAGGCAGGGACUUCAACACAUUGGAGGGAUAUGAUUCAAAUUUGCUCCCCAGCACAGAGUGUGCAGGAUUCAUGCUUGAUUCCCUCCGCCUCCUCCUCCUCCUCUCCUUCCUCCUCUUUCUCUCACUCUAUCUCCAUGAUAAAUGAAUACUUUGGGGAAGUAUCCUUUCUCUCAUGUUAUCUCUCUGUGACAGGUAAACAAUUUUGGAAGUAUAUGAAAGCAGUUAUCCAACAUGGAGGCACUUAUGAUAAGAUGCUGACAGCCACCAUCCUUUUUAGCAGGCAUGUUCCCUCCUUGAUCAAUAGAAGACCUAAUCAGCAUCAGCACAUUCAGGACAGAGGAGCUUCAGGACCAACUGAAUAUUGGCACCAGUUUCACAAACACCCUGCCUGUUUGCUGAGGUCAGAUAAAUGAACAAAUUAGAAGGCUCCUGGCAUCAUCCUGACCCCUUAUCAGACCACAGACACUGGUGGCUUGAACGAGAUGUUCAGGCCACCUCCCACAUGAUUCCGUGCAUUCUGUUGCAUUCAUCUUUUUACACAUACAAAGACUUUUAAGUUUGGGGGGUGCCUGGACUCUUUCUUCCUUUCUGUCCAUGCCCCCGUCUUAACAGACAAAUAAAACGUGUCUUGACUCUUUCUGUACAUGAGGUUCUGUCUCUUAUUUCUCCCCAUCAUCCUAUUAUUUGUUGCUGACACCCACGGAAAAGAAGAAUUUCUUCCACCUGCUGGCUCCCCAGCCAAUUCACCACAAGUUGUUUGGACACUAUGAUGCCAGACAAACCAAAAACCAAAGCUAGUGCUGAGCCUAUGCCCAGUACUUCCCAGCCACGCACUACUACAGCACCGGGCCCAUACCAAGGUCUUCGUGGUCUACCUGUUGUCAUAGUUGACCCAGAAUUAUUUGCUAACAUUGUGCAGAAUCAAGGAAAUACACACAUAUCAAGUCCAAAGACAGUACCACCAGUCAAAAGUUUUGAUGAUGCAAAACCACUUGGGGCAAUACAGAUCUCUAUUGGAUUGGUGCACAUUGGUUUUGGAGUCAUUCUGGGAUAUAUAAGCAUUGGUUAUGAAAAUAUUCUUGGCUUUAUCUCUGUUGCCUUUAUUAGCGGGUAUCCAUUCUGGGGAGGCCUCUCUUUCAUUAUCACCGGUGUGCUCUCUAUAAUUGCAGAUAAGGAUACAUCCCCUUAUCUGAAAGGAGGUAACAUAGGAAUGAAUAUUUUGAGCGCCAUCUUUGCUGUCACUGGAGUGAUUCUGUUGCUGGUGGACGAGAGCGGCAACGUAGAUCCCCAACAAAACUUCUGGGCAGUGAUUUCUGGAAAAGGGAUCUCAGCCAUGCUGAUCAUCUUCUCUAUACUGGAGUUCUGCAUAACUAUCACCACAGCCUGGUUUGCCAGUGGGUCUCUCACGAAAAAGAAAGUUGAUGACUCAGCUGCAAAUGACUCCUUGACAGCAGAGCCCACCAAACCUACUUCCACAAACGAUGGCAACUCAGAUCAUGACUCUAGGUCUUAGAAGAGAAGAAACAUCUGAUGAUCUCAUGGAGGCAGAAUGAGGCUACAGAAACCUCUCCAGAAGUUUGGCUCUCUUGCCCUUCCUUGAUGACUGCUCGUCUUUACAGACAAGAUUUGGUUUGUGCUCGUCCUUUGCUGAUGAUUAGGGUUUUUGUUUGUUUGUUUUUUAAUCCUUCUGCCCCUGUCUUCUUUUAUGUCACCACCACAAGGAGAAAAGUGAAGAACCAGAGGACUGAGAAUAACUCUGUAACUCUUAGGAAUUAAAAGACUUCCUGUUAAUGUCACCUUUUCUCAAUAAAAUAUCCCCACAGA